AUGAGCACUUGUGGAACUCGCGGUCGUGGUAUUCGUGGGUACGGUAGAGGCCAUAGGAGGGCUCAAGCUGAGUUUUCCUCUUUAGGUAGUAUGCCAAAUUUAGAUAUGAGUGAGACACUGGUUUCACUUGCUACUAAGGCUGGGUCUCAAAGCCGUUCGACUGGGGACGACGCACUGUCCCAAGCCAUGUUGAGGAUGUUUGAGAGGGUCGCUGGACCCCAUUCUGGAUCUAGGGGCUUCUCUUUGCUUCACGAUGAGUCGUAUAAAUGGUGGUUAUCAAUUAAGGAGGGUACUCAGCCGGAUCGUCUGAAUUGGGGUUUCUUCAAGACUGCUUCUCAGGGGAAGCAUGUGAGGGCGAGUUACGUGGAUGCUCGUAGGCGUGAGUUCAUGAAUCUCACACAAGGUGAUAGAUCAAUGGUUCAGUAUGAGGCCGAGUUUCUGAGGUUGAGCCACUACGCUCGAGGCAUGGUGGCGUAUGAGUAUGAGAAAUGCGUUCGUUUUGAGGACGGUUUGAGAGACAUUUUGAGGGCCCUGAUUUCUCCACAGAGGGAACGCGAGUUUUCUAUUCUUGUGGAUAAGGCGAAGAUCACUGAGGAGUUUAAGCUCGUGAAGCGCCAGAAUUAG